AAGAUGAGGCUUGCGAGCAUGUGGAUCAUCAGUUAAUGAUGAUAUUAUUGACCUUAAGCAAUGGGGACGACCCUGACUAAUUGACCAUAACAGAUGGCAGAUCUAAUUGAGGAUAACGGGAAAUCCUGGCUCCUAUAUCAUAUUCUUAAUAGGAUAAUAGGAAGUCGAGAGAUCGUUGACGUCAGAAGAAAACUUGAAUUGAUGAAAGAGAUAUUAUGCAAUGAUCGGCGAACUCCAAAUUAUUUACAAAGAUAUUUCGCAGGAAGCCGAGCCGAGGGAUUUUCUAUGGCGGGUUCGGAUUCUGAUGUAAUGUUCAUUUACAAAGAAAUAAAUGUCUGCCUGAACAAAAAUACAAACCCAUAUAGCAGAGACAAGACAGUUUUUGUCAUGAGAGAUGCUGCCAGUCGACCUGGUUUUGUGACAUUAGAACUAGUUCAAAUCAGGGAAUCAUGUCAUCCUUUGGUAGCAGAAUCCAUUGUUCCGGUUCUGGACAAGCUUUUCAUAUCCAGUGAGAUUUUUCUAAGUCAGUAUAAAAAAAUUGUGAGAUCGGGUUUCCGCAUUGACAUCGAAACAUCUGGACCGGCAGCUGCUGUAAAAAAAACGCACAGUCAUCUUGGGCAAGAUAUGGAUAUUGUUACGUCUUUUCAAUGUCAUAGUUAUCCACCAGCAGCCAACGAGUGGUUGAGCAGGUCCCGACUUCAUGGAUGGCCGGACAAAGCAUUAAUUUGUGAUAUUUCACAAAGUGGUUGUCAUGUUGUGCCCAAGGGAGAUAACACUUCUGCUGACACAUUUCUACAAUGGAUGAUAUCAUUCGUGACUGCAGAAAGAAAACUUGUCCAUUCUUUGACUCAUGAACAGUUCUUGGUAUAUGGACUUCUCAAGUACUUCCUGAAACAAAUAUCUGGAAAGUUGAAAGAGAUAACAGGAAAUGUAGACAUUCUGUCGUCCUAUAUCAUGAAAACAAUUGUGUUCUUUACAGUAGAAAAUACACCCCUUUCAUUCUGGAAAGGACAAAAUACAUUUCUAUGCUUCAUGCUUUGUUUGAAGACAUUGGUGGCAUGGAUAAAUGCUGGGUAUUGUCCCAAUUAUUUCAUUAUAGGCAACAAUAUGUUUCAAGGGAAACUUUCCGAGGAAAUCAAGCGAAAACUUCUUCGUUUUCUAGUGGAAAUGUACGAAAUGAAUUGGAUGUGUCUUUCAGUUGGAACAUUCCUACAACCAUCUAUCGGAGAGAAUUUGGAGAUGGUAAUGAAUGGAAAAUGGAAUCACAUAUUAUUGUCACCAAAGGACAAAGAAUGUCAAUACGAUAUGGAAAUUUUAAGAAAAAGCACGAUACCUAACGGAAACGUCACUCGGUCGCUGGCUAUUUUGUGUAGGGCAAAAUCGGAUGUGGAUGAAUUCUUAGGCUAUCAUCAAACAGUUACGUCUCUGUCUUUAAUGGGAAUUGACACUUUUGGCGAACACAUUAUGGUAAAAUCGAACAAAGAGAAAUACAAAUUUCUAAGGAGAUGUAAGAAGUUUACGGAGCUAUUUGCAUCAGUGAGUACAAGUCCAGGACAGCUGACUCUGGCAACAUACUACUACCAGACUGGUAAUUACGAGAAAGCACUAUUGAUGUGUGGGAACAUGAUCUCGUCAGUUAAAGUAUAUGUUGAUACUGGCUUAAACCGCGUCGACAGAGACAGGUACCAACAUCUGGUUUGCGGACGAGGAUAUACACUUUUAAAAAAAUAUCAAGAUACAAUCGUUUCUGAUAUAGAAUUUGACAAAGACGUUCCCGGAUUCUGUCCAUUCCAACUACACGUCUAUCUUAACAGAUGCAUUUGCAGAAUUCAAAUUCCUCCACUGCCGUACGCCUUAUUCCUUUCCUUUCUCUGCUACCAGGAGCUUGGUGACACGAGAAGGCGUGAUGCCACGUUGAUUAAUCUUCGGGUGGUGAAAUAUGAUUUGAAACAGGGAUGUGCUCAACACUGGAUUGUUCACAAUCUCUUGGGAAUUUGCUAUGAAAUGUUAGGGGACACCAAUAAUGCCAUCAGAGAAUACAUGGAAAGUUCAAAUGGAGGAAAAUGGCAUCAGCAGUUCAACCCUGCAGAGGAAGAGAUUAGACGUUUACAGCACUUAUAGUAAAAUGCAAUAUACUGUUAGACUAUUACGAUCCUAUAAAAGCGGUUUAUGAUCAGUUGGAUAUAUGUAUGUCUAUGUAUAUAGAAUACACCUCGUAUGUGACACUUAUUGUGAUAACAUCUUAGAUAGUUCACCUUGUUUAAGUCAGUGUUCAUACAUACUAUUGCUUAUGUUGUCCUGUGUGUAGGAUAACACUAUCUGAAAUGAC